GGCGGGGCUGGGAGGGCGCGCAUGCGCAGCCGCGCCGUGCGACGGCGAAGCGGCGGGGGAGCGCCGGUACCGGACGCAGGAGCAACAAUGGAUUGGUCCCAACAAAGAUGUAGUAGGUGUUGGGAGAAGACAUCUCACCUGAAAUGGAGGUGAUUGAAGCUGCUGAACACUGACUGCACCAACAUGGGGCUGCGACUGCUGGCUUGUGUUUUCCAUUUGCCCACUGCAGUGAUCUACGGGUCUCUGUCACUCUUUGUUUCCAUUCUGCACAACGUGUUCCUCUUGUACUAUGUGGACACCUUCGUCUCUGUCUACAAGAUUGAUAAACUGUCCUUUUGGAUAGGAGAGACAGUGUUUCUGAUCUGGAAUAGCCUCAAUGACCCUCUCUUUGGCUGGCUGAGUGACCGAGUGUUCCUUAGCACACAGCAGGCAGGAGCAGAGAUUUCCUCCCCUGAAGUAGUUCUGAAGAGGCUCAGAGCACUAAGCCACAAUGGCCCCCUCUUUGCCAUUUCUUUCCUGGCUUUCUGGGUUGCCUGGGCUCAUCCUGGUUUGCAGUUCCUCCUUUGCCUUUGCAUGUAUGACAGCUUUCUCACCAUGGUUGACCUUCAUCACAACGCCUUGCUUGCAGACCUGGCUGUUUCAGCAAAAGACAGGACUAGCCUCAACUUCUACUGCUCCCUCUUCAGUGCCAUAGGCUCCCUGUCUGUCUUCAUGUCCUAUGCAGUGUGGAACAAGGAGGACUUCUUUUCCUUUCGCAUAUUUUGUGUCCUGCUGGCCCUCUGCUCCAUUGUUGGUUUCACCCUGUCCACACAGCUGCUCCGCCAGCGGUUUCAGGCUGAUGGGAAAGCGAAAUGGGACCAGGAGUCAACCCUGAAAGAGCUGUACAUUGAGAAACUCUCUGUCCCCCAGGAGAAGAGGAUCACCCUGGCAGAGUAUCUCCAGCAGCUCUCCCGGCAUCGCAACUUCCUCUGGUUUGUCUGCAUGAAUCUUGUCCAGGUUUUUCACUGCCAUUUUAACAGCAACUUCUUCCCUCUGUUCCUGGAACACCUGCUGUCAGACCAGAUCUCUGUCUCUACUGGAUCCUUCCUGCUUGGUGUUUCCUACAUUGCCCCCCACCUCAACAACCUCUACUUCCUGUCGCUCUGCCGCCGCUGUGGGGUUUACGCUGUGGUGCGAGGACUCUUCUUCCUGAAGCUGGCUCUGAGUGUUGUCAUGCUCCUGGCAGGACCUGAUCAGGUGUAUCUGCUCUGCAUCUUCAUUGCCAGCAACCGCGUGUUCACAGAAGGGACCUGUAAGUUACUCAACCUGGUGGUCACUGACUUGGUGGAUGAGGACCUAGUCCUGAACCGUAGGAAGCAGGCAGCCUCAGCCCUGCUCUUUGGGAUGGUGGCUCUGGUCACCAAGCCAGGCCAGACCUUCGCCCCUCUGAUCGGCACCUGGCUGCUCUGUGCGUACACAGGCUACGACAUCUUCCAGCGCAACCCCCUGAACAACGUGGUGAGUGCCCAGCCCAAGCUGGAGUCUGCUGCGGCUUUGGAGCCAACUCUUCGCCAGGGCUGCUUUUACCUCCUGGUCUUUGUGCCCAUCACGUGUGCCCUGCUGCAGCUCCUCAGCUGGUCACAGUUCAACCUGCAUGGGAAGCGGCUGCAGGUGGUGAAGGCUCAGCGGCAGAGCCUGACACAAGGCCAAGCACCAGAGGUCAAAACAAUCUAAGGGUGCCUGAGCCCCCAGGAUGCUGCUGGUUCCAGAGGGCAGGGAUGGUGGGCUGAGAGAGCCUGAUGUUCAUGGUUCAGCUGUAAAAUGCUGUGAUGCCAAUGUUUACUCAUUUCAGGUGGUGGUCACGGGGGAAGGCAGAGAGGUUCAGCAUGUGAGGGACCUGAGAUAGAUCACUUGAUCUCAGGAACAAGAUCAUUUUAUCCCAGCCUGUCUCAGGGAGCAGAGAGCUCAUCAUUCCAGUGAAGAGGUGCUGGGUUACAGGUGCUAGAAACAGACACAUCCCCAAUGCACUUCUGCGUGCUGGGCAUGGCUCUGGGGAGCCACAGCCUGUCCAGCUGAGAAAGAGGAGACUGCACAGGGAAUCCUUCCUUGCUGGAGCCUUGCAGUCUCGGGGAGUGGAGUGGGAGGCUCCUGAGGGACCAAGAGACUGAGGGAAUGAUUGCUCUGGAGCAGGGAUGAGAGGACCUUGAAGGCCUUUCCCAGUAAUUGGUACAACCCUCCCACUUGCAGUGCUGUGGUUCUUGGACCAAAUCCACUCUUAAGCAUUUGUUAUUCCCGGGACAAUAGCCUGCCCAGCCAGGAUCUGCUGGGUGUGCUGUUUUAUGCUGAGGUUCCCUCCUCUGUAGCCGUGUAGAGGGAGUUGUUGCUAGUCUGGGAAAGAUGCUGGGCUUGAACUGAGUUCAGAGCCUUGAGCUGUAUCAUUUCACUGGGCAUCCCAUUGCAUGUGUUUAUCCCCUCUCCCUCUUCCUCUCCUCCCCUCCCCCUUCUACUCAGUGCUGUCAUAUAGCUAUACCGUGAGCCCCCUCCCAUUCUGGGCAAGAUCAAGAACCAAACCCUAAUCCAGCCGCUGGAAGUGCCUCCCUGCCCAGGGCAAUCCCAGGUGACCUGGUGAGGCAGCCUGGCACCCUCCCCUCUUGCAGGAGAGCACAGCCAGGAGGAGACAACAGGUCUUGCUUUUGUGCCUUCAAUUCCUCUUUGGAGCCUGUCUGACACAGCAGGGGGCAGUCACAGGGUUGGGGUUUUACCCCUGUGGGGAGGGGCAGACACCUCAGCUCCUCUGCACUUGAAACAGUGCCCGAGUUAGAUCAUCUCACCUGGCUGCUGAGCCAGGGACCCAAGGAGAGCAGGUGCUUUGGUCUCCCUGGUUUUGGCUGGGAGGAGAUAGGUAAUGACCAAAGGGGUCCCUGAGGCAAGGGAGUGACUCCUCAAUCCCUGUGCUGUUUGGGGACAGGCAGAAAGGAUGUGCCAAAGCCUGUGCCUGCCUGCUGCAGGUGGGGGGCUUGGCAGGCAGUGUUUGGAAGCUGUUGCACGUUGAGGGAUGUUCUUUGUUUAGUGCCAGGUUCCCUCUGGGGUCUCAGUCCACCAACCUGCCAUCUUGCCUCAGGACAUGGCUGCCUUCUGUCUUGGACCAAGACAUUCCUGCCGUGAGGCUGCUGUAGUUCUUAAUGUUUCAAUCAUAAGUUAUUUGUGCAACUUCUAACCAAGUUUGAGAAUGAUUCUCCAUUUCAUAAAUUAAAGAUGAUCUUUUUCUGAAUUGCUUAAUUAUUUUCUUUUAGCCAGUAGCUCUAGCCUGGUGGGGUUGAUGCAGUGCUGUGGGGACAGCGGUGGUUGGGUGGAAACAAGGGGACAGCUCCUUCUCCACAAAACUGCACUGAGGCUUGGCUGUUUCUGCAGGGGACAGAGGGGAUCACCUGCCUUGGAAGGGAGGUGUCACUUACCCCUGCUGCUUUGGAAGGCCCCAGAGUUAGGUCUGCCCUGUUCCAACACCAGUGGCUGCUGGGGACAAGACAGGACAGUCAUGGCACUGGACACUGUCCCACCUUCCCAGGGCCCACCUUGUGAGCACAGCUGUACUCAUUGCUCUCUCUGCAAACACCUGGGCUGGCACUGGCUCUUCUCACAACAGCAGUGGCAUCACCCUUGCUCAGCCCACGUUGCCCUGUUCCAGCCUUUCACCUGUCUGCAGUGACAGAAGUCUCAGAGAUAAUGCAUGUAAAGGAGAGUAGACUUGGACACACAGCUGCAGCCCAGGAAUCUCCUCCCCUAAAAACCAGGCCAGGAAUGGAAUCCUGGACCAAAGAUGGUGUCUCUUUGCAGAGUCUGGCCAGCAACAAUUCUGCACAGGCAAGAGAACACAAGUUACCUCCUUAAAAUUGCACAUGUGGGAAGAGGAGGCCAGGAGGCUUGAGUAUUGUAUAUGAAUGACUUUAUUUAAGUAUGCUGGGCACCACCAGGCAACAUGGUUUGGACAGUGUGCAAGGGAACAGUCAGGCAGACCAAAGGACCGCUAGGUUGGAGACAGCACCGUCCUGCCCCAUCACUGCAGGUUACAAAAUGGAGCACUGCUGCUGCAAGGCCAGCAGAGGGGCUGGGGGCAUGGAGAGCACUGCCUGGGGCACACAGUAAUGGAACUGAGAGGAAUUUGCUGGAAUUCCCCUCUGUGUGCUGCAGCAAACCAGCAAGAAGAGAACCAGUUUCCAAGCAGGUUUGGCUCUUUUUUGAUGGCUCUUUUCUGACAGGUUCUUGCUUAAAAACCAGUCUGCACUGAUGGAGGGAGGGGAACAAGCAGAACGGCCUCAGCUGGGGGAGACCUCCCCACCCACCUGCCUACACCCUCUCCAAACCCAUGGCUGAGCCUCAAGAAGUGGUUCCUGUAGUGGCAACUGGCUGCUGCAUACAUUCAUCUCAGCUGGGGCAGUGCAUUGGCCUUUCCCUCACCUCUGUGGCAAUCCUCCAGCUCUUGCCCCGCCUCUGCACCUGAGAGUGACCCCAAGGUGAUGUGUGGCAACGAACAGAAAGGAGAGAAACAGGGAGGAACUGCCACCAAGCAACUCCAGCUCCAUUGCUACUGCCAUGUUCUGCAGAAAACUAAUGGGAAAAAAAGAGAGCACCAAAUAAUGCACAAGUAAAACAGAACAGUGGCAUGCCCCAACACAAGCAGGUCUGCAGGCUGCCCAGAGCUGUUAGAGCAGUACAAGCAAAGCAGCCACCAGGUGAGCAGAAAGGCACCGCAGUGUAGCGGAACACAGCCAGCAGGACAGCUUCCUGCUCACAAACCUGCCACUCACACCCACCUCCUCCCAGUGCCCUUUACUGUCCUCUCCCUUGGUGUAUUCCCAGUGACCAGCAAGGCCCCAUGGAGCAGGGAUGGGGUGGUGCAGCAGGGCUGGCCCUUCUGCUAAGCGUGGGUGCUGUGCGCAGUGCGAACAUCGAGCAGCGGGGCAAUAGGUGUUCAAAGAAGACCCAAAGCAUAAUUCCCAGGUGCUGUGGUCAGUAUUUGAGAGAUCCUCAGACAUUUCAAUAAAUAAAACAAUUCUUACAUUACAAUGCACCUUCCCAAUUGUUAUAUUGCCCCAGAAUGGAUAAAGUACACAAGAGUUACGCCUGGCUGUGAAUACAUGCUCCCUUUGCCCUGACAUGGCAGGAAGGAGGGAAACAGCCUUGACUCUUACAAAGAACACGAGAAGUCAGCACUGUAAAUCUUGGCAGGUUGAGGGGGAACACGCAAGUGCUUUCACGCCCAUUCCGGGGUACUUGCUUCCAGAGGAGAAAAGGUAUUUAAAACAAGGUACGAGAGAAUAACCGUCUAGUACGAUAGCUGAUUAGAUUUGCUUUGUUCUACUCCAUGCAAUACAAACUAAGUCCUAUCGCCAACUUCUCCAGCUGUGGUGCAGACCCCACAUCAGGCUAAGAAGUUACACACUCAUACGCACACUCACACACCAAAACAGUGGGGGCAAAUGGACUUAACUGUUGAGAAUGUGCUUUCUCUUAAUAAAAAAUAUAUUAAAAACAACUUCAAAAAUCUACUGAUGGUGAAGACACCGCUGAAGAAGGAAGUAGCUAUGGGGCCUCAGCUAUGUCUUUCCAGACAAUCCAGGCAUUGCAGUCAGGCUGACUAAAGCCUGCACGAGCAGUCUGCAGUGGUUGGCUCCCUUCUGGCUUGCCAGGCAGUUUCUAUAAGCUGUUCCCUUUGUUUUUGCUUAUUUGUUUUACAAUGACAGAUGUGACUGUGAUACAGAAAAUAAGGGACUGAAAUGAAAAAGGAAUGGGCCAUUCUGGAGAAAUUUAGAUUGGUAUUUUCUCCUUUCCAUUAAAAAAAACAAAACAACAAAAAAAA